AAUAGGCGGGAAUGUAGAUAAACAAAAGUAAUGCCGGCUACAAGUUAUGUACAGUGUGAUGCCUUUUUAUCGUUGAUUUAAUGUAAUCUAAUAUAAUCCUAGACAUUUAACUGAAAUUAGUUUUGUUUAAUGUGUUGUUUGCUGUGCAACAUUGCAAAAUGAAUACCGAUUAUUUGAAACGUUCACCUUUAAAACAAUUUGCAAACGUACGCCCGUACACAGUUAUUGUGGAGGGUAACAUCGGUUGUGGCAAAACCACGUUUUUAAAUUAUUUUCAACAAUAUGACGAUGUCAAUGUACUUGCAGAGCCGGUUAAUAAGUGGCGAAACUGCAAUGGUUACAAUUUACUUGAGCAAAUGUAUUCUGACCCAAAAAAAUGGAGUUUCACCUUCCAGUCUUACGUGCAAUUGACUAUUUUGCAACAUCAUACUAUGAAAACGGGCCGCCCAAUAAAAUUAAUGGAAAGAUCUAUUUACAGCGCUAGAAAUUGUUUUGUGGAGCAAAUGGCCAGAAAUGGAUGCAUUGACCAUGCUUCAGUGUCAGUAAUGGACGAAUGGUUCAAUUGGGCUAAAGAAAACUGUGACUUAUCAGUUGAUCUUAUUGUUUAUUUGAGGACAACACCUGGGACGGCGUAUCAGCGCAUGGUGACACGUAACAGACCUGAAGAGCAAUCUGUGCCCCUUAAAUAUUUCCAAGAUAUUCAUAACUUGCAUGAAGAGUGGUUACUUGAAAAGAGAUUUGAGUGUCCAGCCCCGGUUUUAAUUAUUGAUGCGAAUUUGGACAAGUCAGGCAUCUUGGAAGAAUACUCCAAGUGCAAGGCGCAAAUAUUUACAGAAAAAGAAUUGAAAGUUACGCUUUAAUUUACAACUAGUAUUAUUUUGAUUUUCAUAAAUAUUUUAAUUUUCUGGUCUCAGAGGCCCCAAUGCACAUUAUGAUUAUGUAGUUUUAUUGUAAUUUUCUUGUCAUUAGUUUAGUUUUUAUAACUACCCUUUAAAUAAAAUAAUGUG